GUUGUCUCCCUCUCUCUCUCUCCCUCGUUUCAAAAAUCAUCUUCUUUUUCUUUUUUUCCAUUGCCUUCUAGACUACACAGAAGGACUAGACAGAAUUCUACUCCGUAGUCCGUACUUUCCAUCCAUGGCAUCCGCGCCAUUGUUUUCAUUCACACGUUUAUGAUUGGAGAUCUCGGAGCGCUCCCUCGAUUUAGAUUUCGACACUCCUUACGAGCGCAGCCACCGGUAGAACCCUACCGCAGCUCUCAGAUCCACUGAAGCCGUUUUCUUUUCCGGAAAUUUUCACUAGGCUUUGCAAUAGGGCACAACUGUCUGCCAAGGACCAACUGAAAAGUUGAUUGUAGUAUGAGCUCUAGGGAACAAAUGACACGUCCAUUCAGGUGCGUAAGGUCAUCUCAGAGGAGGAAGAGAUUACUAAAUGUCGAUCUCAAUGCUAUGCCACCACGGGAGAACCUGAAUCAGGAGGGAACCUCUUCUCGCAUUGUUUCUCUGGAUGAGACCCCUGUUCCAAGAGUCACUCUCACAUCACAACCGAUUGAUGUUGAAGGGCUUGAUGAUGAUGAUGAUGUCAUUAUAUUAUCUCCUCGCGCAUUUGCUGAAGGAAAAAACAACCCCAGGAGGAACCGUGGAGGGGCUAUUGUGGUUGAUGUAGAUUCUGAAGAGCGUCCGUGUAGGGCGGCUUCUACUAACACCUACAAGCGCAGAUCUCUUACAAAUCAAUCAGUUAUGUACAGUCAGAUGUGCAUAAACCUCGAUGGAUAUAACAAUUCACAGGGCAAAAAUGACGGAAGCCUGAUGUUGGUACCGGCUCCACCACCCUUGCCGCCAAAGGAAGCGGUGUUUAAUUGUCCAGUUUGCAUGGGUCCAUUGGUUGAGGAGAUGUCAACCAAGUGUGGUCAUAUCUUUUGCAAGGUGUGCAUCAAAGCUUCAAUUGAUGCUCAGGGUAAGUGCCCCACUUGUAGGAGGAAAAUUACAAUGAAGAACACCAUUAGAGUGUACCUACCUUCCACAAGUUGAUGACCACUUUUUGGGUAGUGGGCAUAACUAAGAGAAACCAUAUUUUUAUGAAUGUAUUGACAUAUAUAGCAUUAUCUUCAUGAUGAUUGAUGAUUCAACCCUUGUAAUAGUAGUCAAUUAAAGAGUACUCCCACAGCAAGGAUAUGCUUUUUGCACUUGGGCUGUCCUUUGAAAAUGAUCUCUGUGCAAAAUAUUCAUGUUGUAUUUUUUGAGAAAAGUGAUGAUUGCUUUGUUUUAUUAGUGUAUUUGUUCAGUUUGAUCUUUGGUGCUGGUGGCAUCUCUUUAUGUCUCAAGGGUGAUUCUAGUGUUUGGGGAACACUUUGUUUCAUGAUGUUGUAUAGUCAUCCUUUAAUCGAUGUACAUAAAACGAGGUAACGAUU